AUGCCAGCCACGAUGUGGCUCAAGUCGGUGACGGUUGAAGUCCGUCGGCAGGCGGUGACGAUGGGCGUGGAGUGGAGUGACGACCAGAUCUACCACGAAAGUGCAUCGCACUUGGACAGCGAAGCGAAGCGCUGGUUUGCGACGGGGACGGAAUCAGUAUCGCCCAAAGAAGAAAGCAUCACCACGUUGGCCGAGAUGCUGCACGCAAAGUACAUGACGCAGCGCACGGACCCUAACGAAUUGGGCGAUGACUAUCUUGUCAGUGCGCUCCUGGAGGGGAUGAGCAGCUCGGAGGGGGCGACGCACGUGCGAGGGCACAGACCUCAGACACGGGACGAAGCAAUGCGUCUAGCGAUCCCACACGUGGACGACUACGGCGAAGGCUACAGUGCGCCGCAAGGGCACGGGCCUUUGACAGUGGCGGCCGGGAGCGGCGAGCAGGAGCAGUUGGAACUUGACGGCGAAUCGCGGAGUGUUGUGACCGGCUACGGAUCAAUGUGGGGUGCCCCACAGAAGCAUCCCCGCGAUUCCACCAGGGUUUCCACUGGUACCUACCGGUAA